AUGGUGGGAGACCUGAGUCCAACAAAACUUUUGGAGGCCUGUAAGUUCGGCGACAUCGAGGCGGUCAAGAACUACCUCAUGGAGCCGUCGGACAGCCAACCCGGCAGCCGCGACCUAGAAGCCAAAGAUCAGCGAGGCUACGCCGUGGGAGCGGAUCGCAUGCCCAUCACCGAGCUUUUGGUGGAGGACCUGAACUGCGUGGACAAGGCUGGCAACAGCAGUGUCCAUUAUGCAGCGGGCUACGGCCGACAGGAGAUUCUGACAUAUCUCCUUGGCCAGAAGGCCAAUGUGAACAAAGAGAACAGCAGCCAGAGUCUCAACAACAGUCGUGGUCAGACCCCGCUCGCGGUGGCCAUCAAGAAUGAGCAGCCAUGGGGCCCGGUGUUGAUCGCGGCCUUCGUCAAUGUAUUCCCCGAGCCGGCGCUUGCCAACCGUCAUCAAACCGUGCCAGCAAACUUGACGGUGGUCUUCAUCUUUGGGCUUGUUUGGGCUAGAGGAGCUCUUAAGGGCCUCGGAAGCUUGUGCCCUUGCCUGGAGCCGCGCUUCUGCUUCUGCGCUGUGAGAUACAUCCCUGGCUGCCUGCAGGCUAUGGACCUGCUGGCCCAGCCAUGGAUAAGGGGGCCCCCUGCUAGCCGCGACGAGCUGCAGAGUGGAGACAAAGUUUUUCUUCGACAAGCUGACAGGUGGGAGCCCGGAACUGUGGUGGGCAUCGAUGCUGCGAACCAGUCGGUGCACGUCAAGCUGCCUUUCGGCGUGUACGCCCUUGGCUUGACAGAGUCGGCGAGACUGUUGCAGAAGGCUGCCCGGCUCCUCAUCGUCGCGCCUGGCGCGGGUGUCAAGACGCUAGGCGCGCGAUUCCGUGCGCUGGGUGCCGAGCCGGGGUUUCAGGUGGAGGUGGCUGGACGAAAAGGCGUCCUUUACGACCGGUAUCCUGAGACCUGGGACACGGGUGUGAGGGCACCAAACCUGCGCUCCUUUGCCGAGGACCUCGUUCGCAUGGGUGUUCAUCGCCGGGCAGACUGCCUCAUCUUCGGCUCGCGAGGCGGACAGGUGGUGCUGCCGCUGAUGUGGAGCGCGCUCGGCGACGAAGUGCCGCCCAGCGUCGUGGUCAACGGGGGCUGCGCCAUGCAACUACCGGGGCCACCCGUGCGUUGGCCACUGCGUGCUGUGACGGUGAUGCUGCUGGGUGGUCAGGACUUCUUCCGCGGCAACCUCUCCGCGGAGGAGUACAUGACGAGAACUUGCCAGAGCGUGAACCCUGCGAACAGGACGACUGCAUUCUUCUAUGUGCCGGAGAUGAAGCAUAUGCCGCAGGAGUCCGUGGUCCAAGCGGCCUUGCCAUGUCUUGUGGAGGCGGCCUUGGACUGGGCACAGGGAGGGCACGCGGCCGUGAUGAGCCACUUGCGGUCUGCGCAGGAGGCCCUGAUUCGCAUUGGCUUCGGUGGUGUCCUGCGCUUCACGGGCCCGUCGGGAUGGCAAGAGCAGCGGUUCGGGCCACAAGUUCCCGAUCGUCCUCCAGCGCCACUGUCGCCUCGCGCGCCAAAGCCUGCUCGACCUCCCUGCCCGCCGGGCACCGCAGUCUCCAUCCUGCCAGUUGACUUGGCUGCGGAAGACAGCCCUGAAAGCCACCGGCAUAUGGCGGCAGAGGCCAGACGCUUCGCGGCAGCGCGGCCAGGUAGCGACCCUGUGCGAACGCGAUUGCUAGAGUGGGCAGACGGCCAGGACGCGGAGGCCUGGGCUGCCGAGGAUGACGCGCCGAAGAGCCAGCCGCCGCCCAAGGCGGCGAUGCCUGGAAAGCCUAUCGUGGGCUACACUCCCAACAGGGUCGACAUGGGCCCCUUCCCUCCGCAGCCGGGCAGCAGGAUCUACCCCGUGGCACAGCAGCGUGGGCCGCUGCAGCGAUGA